CACACCACAUGUGGUAUUCCAUGAACAAUGCCUAAGAUGUACUAUGCAUAUCGGCUUGUGGAGAUGAUAAGGACUAGCAGGGAUCGUUUUGCCCUGCUCCGGGCUCGAGAAAUUUGGAGCAAAUGGUUUCUCCGGCUGGAAAAGGGUCGGAGGCGCCGCAAGUUCACAUCUGAUUUAUUGUUAUGUUAUGAGUAGUAUCCUCGCAGAUUCUAGACUAAUUGGAAAGCUCAAUUCGUUUCUUUGAUAAUCUUUUCGUCCCCCCUUCUUUCUCCUUCAUCCUGCGCUUGAUUUUUGAGAUACCCAGUGUGUUCUUAUUGUUUUGCUACCUGACAUAUAUUUCUGUGUCGAGAGGUAGCUUCACGUUUGUCCCCGGUGAUACCUCAUCUCCGGACGACGAUGUCUCAAAGCGAAUGGCAGGUGCCCGGCGCGGCUGAGCUGCCGAAAACCAUGCAGAAUGCUCCUGAUGGGACUCAACGGAAAAGAGUUGUAGUUGUUGGUCUUGGUAUGGUUGGAAUUGCAUUCAUCGAAAAAUUGCUCAAAUUGGAUGCCAAACGACGAGAAUAUGAUGUCGUUGUCAUUGGAGAGGAGCCUCACUUAGCCUACAAUCGUGUUGGUUUGACAUCAUAUUUCCAACAUAGAAAUGUGGAAAACAUGUAUCUGAAUCCUUCAGAUUGGUACUCAAGCAUGCCAGAGGGCUCGUUAAAUUAUCAUCUCAACACCAUGGUUACGGAGAUUUAUUCUGAUCAGAAAGUUGUCGCCACCUCCACCGGCGAGAAAGUAUCUUACGACGUUCUCGUUUUGGCUACCGGUUCAGAUGCAGUGCUCCCUCGGCAUACACCUGGCCACGAUGCAAAAGGUGUAUUUGUCUAUAGAACGAUCGAAGACUUGGAAAAGUUGAUCGCCUUCAGCGAGAAUGUUAAAGGAACGAAUGGAGCAGUUGUUGGAGGUGGUCUGUUGGGACUCGAGGCCGCAAAAGCUAUGAUGGAUUUGGAAGCGUUUGGCAGCGUAAAGUUGAUUGAAAGGAAUAGAUGGGUGCUGAGCAGACAACUGGAUGGCGAUGCUGGCUCUAUGGUGGUUGAGCUCAUCAGAAAACUUGGCUUAGAUGUCCUUCUCAGCAAGAGAGUAGGCAGGAUCAACGUUGAUGAAAAGAACCACGUCUCUGGAGUGACAUUCGAGGACGGCGAGACGAUGGACUGCAGCUGCAUUCUGUUCGCGAUUGGUAUCAAAUCCAGAGAUGAGCUUGCUAGGAAGACGGGCCUGAAAAUAGCAGACAGAGGCGGGAUCGUUGUGGACUCGGGUCUUCAGACCUCCAACUCCGAUAUCUACGCCAUUGGAGAAUGCGCUAGCUGGCAAAAUGAAACCUACGGGCUCAUCGCUCCAGGCGUCGAAAUGGCCGACGUUUUGGCCUUCAAUUUAACGCAAGCUAAGGCUCAUGCCCCGCGAACAUUCAAGCGACCAGAUCUUAGCACGAAGCUCAAGCUGCUCGGCGUCGAAGUUGCCAGUUUCGGUGACUUUUUCGCUGAUCGUGACGGACCCAAAGAACUUCCAAACAAACGGGCAGGCGGGCGAAAGGAGGGCACAAUAAAAUCCGAAGACAGGGUAAAGUCCAUUACAGAUGGACCUCCUCCACCUCCUGUGCAGGCCCUGAGCUACAAAGAUCCCUUCUCUGCCGUGUACAAGAAGUACCUUUUUACACUGGAUGGCAAAUACCUGCUCGGUGGUAUGAUGAUUGGAGAUACCAAGGACUACGUCAAGCUUGUACCUAUGGUGAAGAACAAGAAGCCUUUGGAGGUACCGCCGAGCCAGUUCAUACUGGGAGCCCAAAAAGAAGGCGAAGAUGAUGCGGAUGAUCUCACUGACGAUACCCAAAUAUGCUCUUGUCACAAUGUCACAAAGGGCGAUGUCGCCAAUUCUGUGAAGAGCGGAUGCUGCAAGAGCAUCGGAGACGUUAAAUCUGUCACUAAGGCUGGCACUGGCUGUGGAGGAUGCAUGCCUCUCGUCCAGACCAUUUUCAACAAGGAAAUGAAAGCCAUGGGAGCAGAAGUGUCCAAUCAUCUUUGCCCUCAUUUUGCUUAUUCGCGGGCCGAUCUUUUCAAUAUCAUUUUCGUCAAAAAGCUCCGGACCUUUGCAGAUGUCAUGAAGGAUUGCGGAAAAGACCCCGAAUCACUUGGUUGCGAGGCUUGCAAGCCUACCAUCGGAUCGAUCCUUUCCUCUCUGUUCAAUCAGCACAUUAUGGAUAAGCCGCUCCACGGCCUUCAAGAUACCAAUGACAAGUUCCUUGCGAAUAUUCAGCGAAACGGGACCUUCUCUGUCAUUCCCCGAGUUUCCGGUGGAGAAAUUACCGCUGAGAAGCUUAUUGUCAUUGGAACAGUUGCCAAGAAAUAUGGCCUGUAUUGCAAGAUUACGGGAGGUCAGCGAAUUGAUAUGUUUGGCGCCAAGAAGCAAGAUCUACUGGCCAUUUGGACCGAACUCGUCAAUGCCGGAAUGGAAAGUGGUCAUGCCUACGCGAAGAGUUUGCGGACGGUGAAGAGCUGCGUUGGAACAACCUGGUGCAGAUUUGGUAUCGGUGAUAGUGUUGGCAUGGCAAUCCGCAUCGAGGAACGAUAUAAGAGUAUCAGAGCCCCGCACAAGAUUAAAGGAGGUGUCUCUGGCUGCGUUCGAGAAUGCGCUGAGGCACAGAACAAGGACUUUGGACUCAUCGCCACCGAGAAGGGGUUCAACGUCUUUGUUGCCGGAAAUGGUGGUGCCAAACCUCGUCAUUCUGAGCUGCUGGCCAAGGAUGUUCCUCCUGAUGAUGUGGUUCAAAUUUUGGACCGCUAUCUGGCAUUUUACAUUCGCACUGCCGACAAGCUUCAGCGUACUGCUCGAUGGGUUGAGAACUUGCCUGGAGGAAUCAAGUAUCUGCGUGAAGUCAUUCUGGAGGACAAACUUGGCAUCUGUGCUGAGCUGGAGAAGCAAAUGGAGGAGCUCGUGGGAAGCUACUUCUGCGAGUGGACUGAAGCGAUCAAGGAUCCGGAGCGAAGGAAGGCAUUCCAGCAAUUCGGCAAUACCGAGGACCGAACAGAGAACGUUGAGAUUAUCUCAGAAAGAGAUCAGCAAAGACCGGCUUAUUGGGCGAAGGAGUCAGCAACGGAAGACUUCCGUGGAACUAAAUGGAGCGCACUCACUUGGCAGCCUAUGAUUGAGGCGUCAAAGUUUCCUGAUACGCCUGCUGGUUCUUCCCAAGCUAUCAAGCGGGGCGAUACGCAGUUGGCUAUCUUCAAAGCCAAGGGCAACUUUUAUGCCACGCAACAAAUGUGCCCUCACAAGCGCGCAUUUGCUCUUUCUGACGGUCUCCUUGGUGAUGAUCUCACGUCUGAUAAACUCUGGGUUUCAUGCCCCUACCAUAAGAGGAACUAUGAACUCAAGGGCGACGAUGCCGGAAAGUGUAAUAAUGACGACAGCCUCAACAUUGCUACAUUCCCAGUGGAGGAGAGGGAAGAUGGUUGGGUCUACCUCAAGUUGCCUCCGGUCGAAGAGCUUGAUGCCGUUCUUGGUACGAAGAAAUGGAAGGUCAAGGACGGCGAGGCGGAAAACCCGUUCAGCAAACUCGACAACCGUUUCAAGGGUACCAAAGGCAGAAAACCCUUUGAGAAGAGUCACUUGGAGGGCGGCAUGGGCGAGAAGGCAGCAGCAAAAGCCAUUCUCGCUGGUGGCUGUGGCGGCUCCGGACUGGAUUGGUAAAGGCGUUUUCUAAUUAUUUUCGAUUGCAUUAUAUAUAGGGCACAUGGGGUUUUGCGAAUAGACCAGCUGAUUAUCUGGUACCGCGUUUGAGCGACAUUUGAAGAAAUCUUUUUGAAGGACUAGCAUGUUAUACUUUUGAUACCUGCAUCUUAGCAUUUCUAUGCAAGCUAUUUAGAUUAGAAAUUAAGACAG